AACCCUUUAACAUUAAAACUCCAAAAAACUCAAGCAGCAAGUUGAUAAUAUUUUUAUAAUUUCAACUAACGGUUGAUCUGCACAUCAGUGAUCAGAUGGACACGUGUUCACCAUCAGACGGCUCUUUCCCUCCAUAAAUAACCAACUACCUUUCGGAUCUCAAAAAUCAACGGCGGCGAUCUGAGAAAACAAAAACUAACAAUGGCGGCGAAAUCGAUGUUCGCGGCGGUGUUUUUGCUACUGGUGGUGGUUGCUCCUCUGCGAAGGACGGCGGCCGCAACUCACAACGUUGGCGAUUCGCUUGGCUGGACCAUCCCUUCUAGUCCUUCUACUUAUUCCGAUUGGGCCUCCACCAAAACGUUUCUCGUCGGCGACAUUCUCUUUUUUAAUUUCACCACCGGACAGCACGACGUGACGGAAGUGACGAAGGCCGCAUUAGACUCCUGCAGCAGCACCAACCCCAUCUCCGCCGUGAGAAGCGGCCCAGCGAAUAUUACACUGUCGGCGGCCGGAACCCGCCACUUCAUCUGCUCAUUUCCCACCCACUGCAGCUUAGGCCAGAAGCUCACCGUCACCGUCCGAUCACAAUCUUCUUCGCCGCCGACCACCGCCCCUUCACCCUCCCCCAAAUCCAGCUCUCCCGUUUCUCCGACGCCGUCGCCACACUCCAGCCGCCCGCCGAAAGCCUCUCCUCCGACAGCCACUUCUCCGCCGGAAACAGCCCCGACGCCGCCGUCAAACAUUGCUCCUACUCCGCCGCCGCCCAACUCCGCCAACUCCUUCGCCGGUUUCGGACUCUCCCUCUCCGCCGGUUUGGCGAUUGUGGUUGCUCUAAUUUACUAGAGAUCGCCAUUGUUGUUGUAGAAAGUUGGAUUCGUUUUGUGUGUACUUUAAUUUAAUUUUCAUAUUACUUUUGGGAUUCUGUUUUAAUUUUUUUUUUCCUUUUUCUUUUUGGUAUUCUUCCCAAUUGGGAAUUUAAAUAAAGU